UGAGCAAUCGAUAGCCGGGUUUUUAAAAAUAGAACGAGACACUCAAAACUUUUGCAAAAUCUUGUAUCGCUCUGCUCUCGAGAUCAAAAGUGCCAGGAAGACUUGGAAGAUAAUUUCCAGAGUGUACAAGUAUGUGACCUGUGUCUUCACAACGUGGAGUCGGGUUCAGCCUCGCCGGAGAAAAAGUUUACUUCAGACAUGAGCACCAAGCCACAGGCCCUCAGCGUGUAAAAGGCUAUCACCAUGGCCACGCAGUUUAGUAUCGAUGAUGCCUUUGCAUUGGAGGGAGACGAGGAGGGAGCUGUGUCUGAUGGAGAGGCAGAGGGAUGGAAGGGCAGAGACAACGACAGAGAAGGAGGAGAGAUGACAUUUGGUCCUCUAACUUUCUCCAAACCUCAGACUCAUCCCUCUCCUGCUGCUGCUGCCGGCUCUCCUGAACACAGUAACCUAAAAUAUCAGAAUCUGGAAAAUGAAGACGCCUUGGGCAGCAAUUGCAAUUCCUCCUUCAAUAAUUUCUUUAAAAUCAGCGACCCGGCCACUCUGUCUUACUGCAGCUCCCAGUGGUCCUUCAGCACCUUGAGUUCAGUCACACAGCUGUCUGCACACUGCUGCGGGUGGGUGUCCCAUCCGCUGGUGAAGAAAAACAGAAGAGUUGUUCUCGCUUCAUUCCUUCUCCUCAUCACUGGAGUUGCUCUUAUUUUCACGGGUGUUGUCAUACAGCUGAAUCCAAAUGCAGGUGUUUCAAGUGCUAUUUUCUUUGUACCUGGAUUUCUCCUCUUCAUCCCUGGAGGUAAAUUGAUCCAUUGUUUCCUAGGGUUUUUGUUUUGCUUGGCCUUAGCCUGUACCAGUAAAUGCAUGCCUUGUUUUGUUGGUAUUAACAAUGUCAUAACCUGUAUUUCCUACAGUGUACCAUGUGAUAUACAUCAGCUGUGCUGUCCGGGGAAGGAGAGGCUUCAAAUUGUUCUACCUACCCUAUUUUGAAAAAUGACAUUUCACGAGACACUACAUUUAUUUCUUUGCUAUCUUAAAAUGAAUUGUAUUUUGUCACUUGUAACAAAACAUGUGUUGUCACAUGGUUGUUUUUUCUUGUCAUUGUAAUGACCACUACUAAUUCAACCACUCAGUGCCUCGACUAUGUUUCCGCUACAUGAACUGAUAUUGCUGUAUUUGUACACAAAAAAGGAGAUUGGUCCUGCCUGUGUUUUCUAUGUCGUGUGAAUAAUGACUGUGAAAUUACAAUAAAACUUUUGUAUAUUUGAA